AUGGAUUCUUCUCCAAGUUCGAGGCCGCUGGCGUCUCGAAUCGCGUCGCUGGUGCAUGCGCAUUUCGACCGCUUGCCGGCUCGGAGCAAACCCAAGAUAUUUUCGGAUGGUUCUAGAGAAUGGAUACCCAUGACUGGGAUAGUGGCUGUCAAGGAAAGGACCGGAGCAAAAUGUUUGCCGGCUUCUCAGAUACCUCAGUGUCAGGGUCUCGUGCUGCAUGACUGCCAUGCCGAGAUCUUGGCCAUUCGUGCAUUCAAUUACUGGCUUCUACAGGAGUGUCACGCGCUUUUGGUAGAGGAAGACAAAUCUCUUAGCUCCGUUGAACAAGAAGAUGGUUCCAAAUCAGUCUUCAUUCAAAGGAGGACAUACAUAACCAGUGGCGACGAUCCAAGUCGUCCCUCCUCGCAACCGACAGUCAACUGGCCAGCCUUUGAAAUUUGUCCCGACAUCCAUUUCUACAUGUACUGUACCUGCGCUCCGUGUGGUGACGCGAGCAUGGAGCUGUGUAUGGCUGCACAAGAAGACGCAUCACCAUGGGAAGUGACCCGUCGCACCGGCUCGGACCACCCAUCUCCUUCUUCAGAUCAGCCGGAUCCUGCUCUGUCAGAGACCAUGCUGGACGGUCGAGCCCAUUUCUCCCUCCUGGGUAUCGUCCGUCGAAAGCCAGCCCGCAUGGAUGCAGAGCCCACGAAAAGCAAGUCUUGUUCGGAUAAACUUGCCUUGAGACAGGUGUCGUCCUUGUUGUCCGUUGAAACAAGCCAUCUGGUCGCUCCGACGGACAAUGUGUACCUGGCUGGCCUGGUUCUCCCUGAAGACGAAAUCUCCCCGGCUGCGUGCGCCAGGUCCUUCAGUGAAACGGGACGGAUGGGGUCGUUGAGAGAUCGUUCAUGGCCUCUCCUACAACCGGAUCAGUCCUCCUCCACGACUGGGUAUCGAUUUCGUCCCUUUCAGAUACUCUCUGUCCCUAUCGACGAAGUGGAAGCCCUCUGGCCUUUUGCAAAGCCAAAAGCCAUAUCAACGAAAGAACGGCAGAUUGACGAAGUUGAAGCCGUGGGGGUUCCAAGAAAAGCGAAGCCGGGUAACGUCAGCUCCAUCUGGACGGCUGCGCCUUCAUUAUCACAUCCAUGUCUCUUGACAACGGACACGGGGAGCAAGACACUGCCAGUACUGAAUCAUUCAAAGACGGGACUUUACGAAACGGUCAUCAACGGGGUCAAGCAAGGCAAUCGUCAGGCCAAUCCCACAGCAAGAGGUGCCUCGUCACUUUCCCGGGCCAAAUUGUGGGGACUCCUUCGAAACGUCCUUCGAUCAAGCGAGUGCCUCGUGUGGGGGGACGGUGACAACGGUCGAUCCUGUAGCCAGGCCAGGGAAGGAUUGCCGGCGACUCAAGAUGCAGAUUCCUAUGAAGCAUUCAAGCGUUCCGAACACGAAUCAACAUCGCCGCUUCGUGUUCGGCAGUUGGCGAUAUUGGACACCAAAAGGGAGAUGAAAGGAUGGGUACCGAAUCAUGGAGAUGAAGCCUGGAGUCUGAAGGUCUUGGUGGAUUCAAAUAAACGAAGAAAAAUAAGUGGAGUCAACCAUAGAGAAGGCGGAUUAUGA